UCGCGAACCGAGCAGACGUCGCAGUUGUGUGUUUCGAAAGAAAAAAAUUAACAGAUAAAGAAGUAAAAGCGGCGGCUCCUUUGAAACAUAUCUGAUAAUACAAAGUCGCAUUCGUAUACUAUAUAUAGACAUUUUUCCGAAAACGUCACAUCAUACCAUAUACGAUCCAAUCUUGUGCGGAGUGAAAAUCGUUGGAAAAUCCGUGAGAUAACGAGUGUCAAGCACUCGGAAGGAAGUCGCAGGCCAUGAGGCGACUCAAGUGUUCCGUGUUUGUGUAUCUGUUCCUGAUCUUCGAUGCCGGUCAUGCCCUCAGCAUCAUCGGCCUCAACAAACAGAUGCUCUACGAGUACGCGGGCAAUGUCCUGGUGGGUGCCAAGCCCCAGGACGAGGGCCAGCCGUCGCCACCCACCACCGGCUGGAUAGUCCGGGGGAAGCUUACUCUCCAGCGGCAAAGUGAACUUGUCCUGGCAGCAGCGCUGGUCAUAGACGAUGUAACGCUUAACAACUCGGGGGAGAAGUUCCUGCAGAACAAGGAGAUGUACCCGCCCUACAAGCCCUUCAAAAUCGUCCUCACUCCGGAGGGUGCCAUCACGCACGUGGCAUUCAAGGAGGGCGAUCCCAUCUGGAGUAUGAACUUCAAACGGGCUAUUGCCUCGGUGCUCCAAUUUCAGAUAAAAUCCAGCGGGGCUUUCGUCGUAAAUGAGCUUGGCAUCCAUGGCACCUGUGCCACCGAGUACUUUGUGUCGAACAAGACCAACUACAUCUCCAUUCGAAAGACGCCGGAACUGAAGACCUGUGUUCCGUACACGGAAGCAGUACACAACACGAGGAGUAAUGUGCCACCAAACACCUGCGAGUACGAUCACCAGAAGAGCGUAAUUAUUGGAAACGAGGCGAUCUACGGACUACUGCCCCACAACGAGACCGGCUACUUCCUCGAAACCGCUCACGUCAAGGGCACUACUCUGAUCCACACAUUUGAGUCCACCGGAGAGGCCCAGUACAUCAACUCGGAGCUGCUGCUCACAUUUCUGAACGAGACAGCCAUCGACAAUCCCAUCGACAUUGAAACUUCAAUGGCCUCUGCGCCCUCGAAUCUGGAGCUCCAGCUGCUUGAUCCGAACGACCCCACUGGCGGAAGGAAUCCGCAACAACAGGAGACCCUAAUAGCCCAGGCUUCCGCUAUUCUGGACCUUUUGGCGGAAGGCCUAGAGACCACGGAAUUCAAGUUCUCCGAACCGUACGAUUCCACUCUUUCCGACGUGAUUAAGGUGCUAAGCGAAAUGGACUUUGAUUCUCUGAAAAGACUCUACCACGAGGUCAACAUUGGCACGUCCUACCGUCAGGAGACCAUCCGUAACAUCUUCCACGAGAUCAUACCCCGCAUCGGCACCAAGGCCUCCGUCUUCCUCACCCACCACUUGGUGGUCAACAAGAUGACCAAGUCACAAAUUGCGGUGCAACUGCUCAUCCCCAUGCCGUUCCACAUCUUUGAACUGUCCAGGGAACUGGUCCUCAAGUGUGUGGACUUCUUCAACAUCGGACCAGAGCGUCCGGAUGUGCGCCAGGCUGCUAUCCUCAGUUUCGCCACCCUGGUCCACAAUGUGUACAUGGCCAAGGGCAUCGACAAGGAGGAAUUCGAGGAGUACGUGCAGCAGUUUUUUAAUAACUAUUUAUCCCAACGUGACUUUGAUCAGAAGAUGUUAUACCUCCAGGGAUUGAACAAUCUGCAGCUGGGUAACGUGGCCGACUACCUGGAACCCAUUGUCCAGGACCCCAACGAGCACGAUGAUCUCAAGUUCCAAGCAGCGUGGACCACUCUGGCUCUGGCGGAUCGGCGAGCAGAGCGAAUCUACGAGAUUUACUGGCCAAUCUUCGAGUCGCGAAAUGCCAGCCUGGAGCUUCGGGUGGCCGCCGUAACCCUGCUGCUGAUCUCCAAUCCCACGCCCGCCCGCCUUAUCAGUAUCCAUCGCAUCAUCCAGAGCGAGACGGAUCCGCACAUGAUCAACUACUAUAGGACCACGGUGACGAGCAUCUCGGAAACUACUUAUCCCUGCUACCAGCCGCUGCGCCGCCUCCUGUCCUACAUGCACCGCCACCUGCCCCAGAAGCCGGAGCCGAGAUACUGGGUUACGGGUAACUACAUCUUUGACUACCGCGACUCCAAGUUCGGAAUCGGAGCCAUGUUACAGGUCUUCCUGGUCGGUGACCCCAAGUCGGACAUGCCAGUGGUGGCAUUCUUCAAGUUUGACACAGAAGCCCUGGGAAAGUUCACGGGACAACUGGCGCUAUAUGUGAAGGCUCGUGGCCUACCGGACACCGUCCUGAACAAGUGGAAGUCGCGGAACAGCAGUGAACCUUUCACCGUCAAGAGUAUUAAGGCGUUGCUGGCCAUGCUGAAUGCUCCCCUCAUCAAUGCAAAGGACCUCCACUUGGAGUUUAUGGUGCAAAUGGAGGGCAAGACAGUCCUCUCGUACUACCUCAAUCAGCGAAUGUUUGACCAACUGACCUACAACAACAUUCUGGAGCGAAUGCAGCAGAUCAUCCGUACGGAUAGCCACAUCAACAUGCAGACAGUGCGCUGGCCCUUUAUGAAUCGGUACUCGGUUCCGACGGUUCUAGGCACCGCCUCCGAUGUCCUGUUGCAGACGACGGUGCUGACAUCGCUGCGUGGUAACAUGACGGAACAACGCAACCUGCCCAUCUCCAAGCACACCUUGGAAAUCGAUGCCCGAUACUCCUCAUACGCAUCCGUGCGCAGCCGCAGCUACAAUCCAUUCCUGAACCUGGACCAUGAGAUCAACAGGGAGCAGGGCUUCCUGAUUUACAUUCCGUUCAGUAGUGAACUAACUCUCAAUGAAAGCGACACCACGUGCCGGAGCUAUUCCCUCUCCCGACCCCAGAACCUGACCAGUGGUCUGUCCUUCAAGUCACGGGUAGUGACCAAAACUCGGGGUCUAAUCACAAAGAGUGCAGCGGCGCCCUUCGAGGAAACAAUGCUGCCCGAAAAAAGGAACGAUGUGGUUCAACAAUUUAAAUAUUCCCUCCCGGAUUUGGGAGUUCAACUGAGCAUCAGCACCAAUCUCAAUGAACUGAUGAAGUAUCGGGGAAUGCUCCUCAAGUCGGAGUUCACAGAAAAUGGCUUCUCUGGCAACAUGGUCGUCAGUGUCCUGAUGUACAUUUUUGGCUUCACCCAGCUCAGUUCCAUUCACCUCGGCCACGACAGGAACUUCACCAUGCUGAUGUACAACGAAAAGGCCACCAGAAUAGAGGGAAACUUUUGUGCCGAGGAUGUGCUGGAAACCGCCGAUCUGAAGGGCAAGCAGAUAAGCCUCACCCUCGAGCACACGGAUGAAACUUCCCGCUCCGACAUCCUGCACAGAUGGAACAUCACCCUCGAUGUACAGGCGUCGCCCAAAUCGCACUGGUUCAAGGUAAUUGGCCAGAUACAGCGCAACUCCAAGGACGAUGAGGAGGACUGGAAGGCCUGCAGCAAGUUGACCUAUGAACCCCUCGUCUUCACCAAACGACCUCACACUUUAUACGGCAAUGUGGUAUUCGGCCUGGCCACCGAGGAGGGUGAAUGCCCAGAGAAUGGCUCCUCGGUGCAGUUUGCCGCCCGAGCUGGGCCAUCGGAGCAUGCCCGCGCCUUCCUGCGUUCCAAUAAGAUCUCGUUGACGGAUACAGAGUUCUGCCCCAAGGAGGUCCUCAAGUUCUCGCCCAUUCCCACAUCCAAGUAUUGCAAACGCAGCAACUUUGAGAACUUUACCUCGAUCACCCAAUACGACAUGGACCUCAAGUUUAAUAAGAUGCCCGCCUGGUUUGAGCUGUGGUCCAACCGCCUGGAUCACGUGGUGUCUGCCCUAUCUUCCCACAAGGUGGAUAGCCUCCACAUGAGCCAAGAGAUCAACAUCUCCAUGCACACACCUCACGACUAUUUCCGGCUGGCGGUGGAGGUCAAUGGAGUGAAGUGGCGCUUCCAUCAGAUACCCUUCCUCUUCAAACUGGACUCCAAGUUCGACGCCUCUCACGAGCUCACCUACGACUCGGGACUAAAGCGCUCCUGCUCGGUAAUCAAUGGCAUAGUCAAUAGUUUCGACGACUACCUCAUUAAUCUGGAGGAGAUCGCGGUGCGGGCCGAUUGUUUGACUCUUCUUGUGGCCGAUUGCUCUCCGGUGCCCCAGAUGGCCGCAUUUUUAACGCCAUCGAAGACACCCGAGAAUGUCACGAAUUACGGAUUACGCGUCCAUAUCGGCCAAAACUAUUUCAGCCUGCAUCCGCGCAAUAGUACAGUCCACACCGAUAAGGCACCCUUGGAUGAGCCGGUCUUCAUCUAUCUCAACCAGAACCAGACGGCACACAAUGUGCGCCAGAAGCCCUACCAAUGGCCAUUGGAAUCCAGUGACUACGAUUUUCGUGUGGAGCUCAAUGAACAAAACAUCCUGAUCGUCGAGUGCUCGCUGAUAAGUGCCACCAUCCAGUUCGAUUUGUACAAUAUCCUUAACUUCGAGAUCUAUGCCUGGCACAAGCACCAGCUGUGUGGACUGUGCAGCAAGCCCCUCAACCGUAUGCAGAACUAUACGAUCUGCGAACUGGAGGAGACGGGCACCACGACUCCCCUUCCCGUGCACGUUCCUCUCCAGAACUCCUCCGAUGUAAUUGUAGUUGCAUAAGCAUAAUGUGUUAAAGCUUAUCCUAAAAUAAAGAGAAAUUAAGCCCAACCGGGAAGAUCAUUCAAAUCCCAGGACUUGGAACAA